GGUUCUACCUCCUUCAAGUCUUCUACGGAAAUGAGAGAGAAGAUGAAAGAAGAAUGAUGUGAAAAACCGUUCCUCUGCGCCACCGAACGCUCACCCGAUCCGUUCUACACAGUCGAUUCUCUCUAUUCUUUCUCUCUCUUCACUUUUUUGAGAGAGAGAGAAAGAAAGACGACCCAAUUGCCUGCCAAGCUUCCGCAACCCCACGAAUCAUGCUCUUAGAGUCCCUCAGGUUGACCAACUCCUCCACCAUCGUCCUCAUGUUCGGCUUCCUCUUCUUCAUCCUCUUCUUCUCCGGCUUCCUCGAAUUCCCAUCCAUUUCCACUUCCCUCAAACCCAUCUCCGAUCCCACACUUUCCGCGCCCCAAUCCGCGCCGGACCCGUUUACCGAUCUGUUCGGCGCGUUCCGGAAAUGGGAUUCGCAAGUGGGUUGUGCCCGUUUCAGGGAAAAGCACAAGGAAAAGGGCAUGGCGGUGAUCCAGAACGAAGGGAGUAAAAGAAAUGGGUCUUCUUCUUCUUCUUUGCAAGAAGGUGAUAAUGAAUCUGAGUGUGGGGAGCUGAAGAUGGAGCAUGUGAGUUUGUUGGUGAAAGGGUGGACUUGGAUUCCUGACAAUUUGGAUAAUUUGUACUCUUGCGGUUGUGGGUUGAGCUGCUUGUGGACCAAGUCCCCUGUUCUUGCUGAUAAGCCUGACGCCUUGUUGUUUGAGACAACCACGCCUCAGCUUCUGAGACGCGCUGGUGAUCCGCUUCGUGUAUAUAUGGAUCUCGAGGCUGGGAGGAAGCGAUCUGGCAUGGAGGAUAUUUUUGUCAGUUAUCACGCUGAAGAUGAUGUACAGUCCACUUAUGCCGGUGGACUUUUUCACAACGGUCGAAAUUAUCACGUUUCUUCUUAUAAGAAAAAUGAUACGCUCGUUUAUUGGUCAUCCUCGCGUUGCCUUCCUAAAAGAAAUCAGCUUGCCAAGAAGCUUCUCAGCUUGUUGCCUCACCAUUCAUUUGGUCGGUGCUUGAACAAUGUUGGUGGUCCAGACAUGGCCCUUUCUUUAUACCCGGAGUGUUCCAAUGGCCCCAAUGUUUCCCCAAAAUGGUGGGAUCACUUGCAUUGUGCCAUGUCCCAUUACAAGUUUGUUCUCUCGAUUGAGAACACGAUGACAGAAAGUUAUGUGACGGAGAAACUGUUCUACGCAUUAGACUCCGGUUCGGUUCCUAUCUAUUUUGGUGCCCCAAACGUGCGGGACUUUGUUCCACCACAUUCAAUCAUUGAUGGGUCUAAGUUCAAUUCCUUGGAGGAAUUGGCUUCUUAUGUUAGAGGCCUUGCUAAUGACCCGGUAGCCUAUGCAGAGUACCACGCAUGGAGAAGAUGCGGGGUGUUAGGUAACUAUGGAAAGACUCGUGCCGUGAGUCUCGACACCUUACCGUGCCGGUUGUGUCGGGCGGUUAGCAGAAAAGGUGGGAGAAAUGCAAGAGCCAUUUAAUUUUUUUUUGGUCCGUUCCAGUCACAUAUUUGUGAUUCUUCCGUUGAUGACCACAGUGGUUUUGUGAUAGGUAUAUGAUGAGGAGAUAUAAUUUAGUGCCUAAAUAUAGGAAUACAAAGGGAUUUUACAGCUGAGAUAUGUCCAGGCAACUUUUUUUUUUAAUUUAUUUUUUCUUUUAGGCUAGGAAUAUCAAUAUUUUAACUGAAACUGAAGUAAAUCCAUCUGACAUUCAAUGUCAUUGUCAACAUUUUCCAGCCACCAGUCAUGGCAAAAUUCUAGAUUGCAUGCA